AUGUCUGCUGCCGCCGCGACUGCGGCAUCUGGCCGCACUGCCUGGCCGAAAGAUGCCCUAUGCUACCAGUGUGCUCUUCGAAUGUCAAUGCUGUUCGAUUACCCUCCUCCACGAGCGAUGGGGCAGCUUCCGUCCUCUCUCGCAUCAGGAGCCGUCUCUGCCCUUUCCGACGAUACACUGCCGACGCUGGACGAUGACCACCAUCCACUGUUCACUCUCGUCCAUGAGACUCCUCGGAGUGCGCGUCGCUACUUUCGCGGCGCCCUACAACCGACUGUCACUACAGCAGACGGUCUGCAAGCGCCACGUUCAGUUGACGCACCUGAAGUGGUGGGGCCCACAGCUGCAGCUUCCACGGCGCAUGGUAUGCUUGGCGGUGAUACUGCUCCCAAAUACGCAGUAUCGUGGCUGUGCGUUGCGUGCAUGGGACUGUACCAGUUCAUCGACCUCAUUCAUGCCCCUUUGGCGGCGGCUGCAGUGCGAGCAAGCCCGUUUUACGAUUCUGAGGCCAUCACCAUCAACGUGAACAUUAACCGCAGCUUCACGUUCACGUGGCUGGCUGUGGCGACCCGCUACUUCGACCUCAAAGGAACAGGCACGGAAAGACCGUCGCCGUCGUCGGUUGUGAAGGAGGAGCUGAGCAAUUUCAAGGACUUUUACAUGAGCGACUUGCGUGCACGCAUUCUUCCCUAUCUGUUGUACUCGCAUGACGAUGUAGCGGCCUCAAGCGUGUCGCCGGCAGCCAUCUCGAGAACCACGCAGCUUCCUGGGCUCGCCGUGUAUGUCGACGCCGUUGGGGCGACGCUGCCAGAUCAUGCGAGGGAGGUGGGGAAGGAGGCCACUGCAGGAGAGCCCGUCGUCAAGUGCGCACGAACCGAGGUGACUGCCGUUGUUUCUGGGUCGGCAAGCUCUUCUAGGGCGGCUGCUCCAGAUCGAGGUGGAACCAGGCCUGCUCUCGUCGCCCUGCAAGCGUUCCGCUACAGCGGGGCAAGCGAGAGCCUCGUGGGAGAAGUGUUUUGUCGUCAUCACGCUACGGAGGGCCUCAUCACCGAUGGGCACAUGCCCGCUGCGUACUGCGGAAACCGCUCUACCGAGGUGCUUCCGUACAGCGUCAUCUACGACUACGCAGUGCCGUAUCUUACCAAGGCUGGAUGGAUGCCGGCGACAGCGACGGCCGCGAGAGAAGAAGGCCAAGAGGGUUGUCGAACGACUGCCCGGCAGGCAGCCACGGUCUCCUGCCGACUGCAUCACACGAACAUCUACCUCAUGGGAAGCUAUCGCAAAAUGAUGCGCAACAUGUCACAGUCUCCGUGGUUUCUGAAUGGACAGCGCAUCGGCUCAUUCUCUCUCCAGGAGGUCAUCGCAAACCCGGUGCUGCCUUUCUUCUUUCCGGAUAUGCCUGGGCUGCCUCCCGAGGCAGCGGAGUCGCCGGCGUUGCCCGCCAGCGACGAAGGGGAAUCGACAUCAGCUGCACCCCUGGCGGUAGAGCGCGGCGCCCACGCCACACGCUGGCAGGCUGUCACCCCGUCCGUCGCCUCAUCCACCCUCGUCUUCGGCUACAAUCGCUACAAGUUUCACAGCGCCGGCCGCGAGGAUGUGGAUGUGCGGAUGCUCGGUGAAGGGCGGCCGUUUGUGCUGGAGUUCGUUUCGCCGAUCCGUGAGCGCUUCACCGAGGACGAUUUGCGCCGCCUCGAGGCCUCCAUUUGCUCCAGCUACGAGGGCAGCGUAGAAGUGCGUCAGCUGCGACGCACAGAUGCGGACAUCACCGUCCGCCUCGCCCGUCAUUCGGAGAGCAAGGUGAAGCGGUAUCGCUGCGUCAUCUGGUCUAGCCGCGCCAUCGACGACGUGGCUACCGAUCCCCGUGUGCGUACCAUUCACGCUAUGAGGGACUUGCCGAUCCAGCAGAAGACGCCCCUGCGUGUGCUGCACCGACGCUCGCUGCAUCGGCGGCCGCGGCUGAUUCACUCGAUGAGGCUGACGCCUCUCAACACGCAUUGGUUCCUGCUCGAUCUCGAAACUCAGGCUGGAACCUAUGUGAAGGAGUUUGUGCACGGUGAUAUGGGCCGCACGACACCGCACUUGGGCAUGCUGCUGAAUGCCCGCACGGACAUCAUUCAGUUGGAUGUCGUUGGGAUGGCCAUGCACGACCUCGACCAAGAAUGA